AUGUCCGAAAGUAAAAAACCCGCCUGGCAAGCCUGGCAUACAUCGAACCCAACAGUAGAUCUAAAAAAAAGCCUUGAUCGCAGGCUAUUAAUGCGUAGCGUUAAUAAUUUUUUUUUUUAUAUAAUUUUUUUUUUUUGCAGCUCAGCCUCUUUUAUUUUCAAAGACAGCUAUGGCUUUAUCAUUGGAUCCAGAGAAAGUGAAAGCGAGCUGUUUCACUUUCUUUGCCGCGAGUUGAAGCAGCAUUAUUCAAGUUUUUUCCAGGUAACACUCUUUCUAUCCAGGAAUAGUUGAUUAUAAGGCCAACCUAAGAUCGUGAGAGAACAGUACUAAUAUAACUUAUUUUUCACGUUGUAUUCUUAUUUUAAAGAUGGAUAAUCGACUUGAACCGAAUUCGAAGGUUUCUAUGAAUAUGUUGAGUUUAAUCCCGAGUUAAAAAUUUAAAAGACGUCGUUAAAAGAUCGUGAUGGUGCUUGAUGGUUUUCUCUGUAAGGACCCGCUUGAAAGAAAGUAACAAAAAAAAAAUUAAAAAAUGAUAUUAUAGAAAGUAAAGGCAAGACACCCUUACCCGUGUACUUUUUUUGGUUUGUUUUUAGAACAGAGAUGGUCAUGCUCGUCUCUGGUCGGAGUACAUCAAAGCCAAGCAACAGGACUCGAAAAACGUAUUCUUCAAAGAGGCAAGUGACGUUUAUUGAAUACGCCUGUGCAUCAGUUAAUGCAAAUGAAAUAAACCAUAUUAAGAAAGCUUAACCCUUCACAAAAUUAACAUGAAAAAUUAUCAAAGUUUUAAGGUCGUGGGUUCGAUUUCCGCUUGCGGCGCGGAUUUUUUCCGAGCAUUUCUUUGUUACAACUAAUAUUUGUUUCUAGUUUCAUCCCACUUGGGUGUUUGGUUGGCUUAAUUUUUAAAGUUGGCGUUAAUUGAAUAAAUGAUAGUAAGAUUAUCUAUGGAGCGUUACUUCGCUAACAGCCCAUAACGCUAUGCAAAUCAUGCUACUAAAUGAACAGAAUUAAUUUUUAAUCAAUUCUAUAAGAAUAGCUAACUACAUAUCAUCGCGAAAAUUCUAAAAUUUCAAUUAAAUAUAUAUAUUUACAUGAAAUAAGGUAAAACCACUUUUAAAGGCACGCUUCUUUAAAGAGAUGGGUUUUAGUUUUGUUAGAUGACUGUUGAAGGCAUUGAUGUAGGCAGCCUUCCUUAAAGAAACUGGCAGUUCGAUGGAAAACGUUUUGUAUGAAUAUUAGUUUCCGCGUUAUUAAUUUAGUGAAUCCUUUCCGCGACAUUGAUUUCUAUUAUUUAACGCCAGUCGUUUGACCCCUACCUCUAACGGCCUGUUUACAUGGAGGUGGGGGACCCCAGGUUGGUGAGGUAACCCGCUUAGGUGGGGUAACCCGCCUGUACAUAUAAUCGUUUAUAUGGUCAUCACACUUAUCAUAUAAACGUGAUCAAAUUAAAAUGAGAGAUCAUACGGACAGGCGGGUUACCCCACCUAAGUGAGACACCUCACCUACCUGGGGUUCCCCGCCUCCAUGUAAACCGGCCCUAAAGAAUUCUGUGAUCUAGGUAGGUACAAAAGAAAGCUGCAGGUGUCUGUAUAGAAGUAAACUUUAUACCUGUUGUAUCAAUAAGGAAUCUUUUUUUAGAAAUUGUAUUAUUAUAAUAGUCCUAUUAUGAUCUGACUUGAUCAAUGUCAUUGAUUUUCAAAUCCCCCAUAUUGACUAUUUGCCUCUUCCUCGCCGAAAUUUUGCUUAAGUUAUUGUUUUCAAAUACUCAUGGAGAGAUGUUGUCGUCCCAGAAACAAUGGUUUAUGCAAAAUUUGGUGGGCACACAGAGUGUACUAUAGGGUAUUCGAAAAUAGCGAAUUAUCAUUGUUAUUGUUUUUGUGGUCACUUUUUUGUCGGUCGAUAUUGGCGCGAAAUAGGAGUACGGGUACUGCAAGAGUCCCGCAAACGAGUCAGCGGAAAAUUAAAAAAUAUGGACAAACGGUAUUUUUGACUUAAAAAGAUCGUUUGACUGAGAUGUUCUUUUAUGAUGUUGUUGAUGCACAUUCAGGUACAGUGUGAGAGCUGCGGGUAAUCGACUAACUUUUUAUUAUCUUUUGAUUUUAUUAAUUUAUUUUUUCGGACAGCAAGAGAUGAAAGCGCUUUUGAGGGAGGGGAUACCAAGACCAUGCAGAAGAGAAGUGUGGAAAAGGUGAAACUGAAAUAGGAGUGUUUCCGUGUUUAUAACAUUCAUCAAUGAUAUGGACAACUUUUGCAGUUGGGAAAACAACUCCUGAAAAAAUCCAGGCUUGUUCGGGAUUCGAACCUUUGACCUCUGCGAUAGGGUUCAGUACUCUACCAAAGGAGCUAACAAGAUAACUGGGAGCUGGUCAUUUAGUCGGUUAAUACUGAGUGAAUGAUCAGCACCUGAAUUUUUUUUCAGGCUUCCUUUUCGCAGCUGCCACAGUUGCGUCCAUAGCUGCAAUGAUCUCCUCCACAUUUAAUUCUGCAUCCCACAGUGUUAACAUAUGAUCUUCAUAUAUUCAUUCUUCCGUGACGUUUAUGUUCAUAACUUCAUAGUUCGCUUACCUCUCUAGCAAAGUAUUAGUUUUGAGUGUAUAACUUAUGCAUGCUUUUUUGGCACGGACACGAGCUAGGAUAGAAUUGGCCUUGUGUAAUACCAUAAUGGCAAAGCGUAGUUGACCCCGAUAAUGCUUCUUAUUUCAGUGCCAUGAUGCAAAAGGUGGAGCAUUUCAGAAGGGAAAAGGUAACAAGAGAGUUAAUUAUAAUAAAUAAUAAAUCAAACUUUAUUUAGAAGCCUACUUCACUUAAGUGUUUUAGGUUCCUGAUAAAACGAAAUAAAUAAAUAAAUAAAUAUGAAUUUUAAAAAAAGUAAAUAAACAACUAUAAAGUACUAAAAACUAAAUAUCCUCCUUCAAUCCCACAAUGCAAUUCGAGAAUAUAUUAUUAACAGGCCAAAGUGAUGCUAAAACUACUAAAUAUAAGUUACUAUAAGCUAGCCCCCUUCCCUUUUAUAAGCUUCUUAAAGGUUGCAAUAUUCCCAUCUUCUCGUGUAUCAUGAUUCAAAUCAUUCCAAUCAUUAUUAGCAAAAUUAAUUGAUGUCCAAUGGUCCCAUUUGCGCUUAGCAUCAGUUUUACGUAUGUUAAACUUAGAUCUGGAAUUAUAUCCAUGAAAAUCUUGACGAUGUGGUUACUGUGAUUUGUCUGUAUUAUCCGACAAUUGCAAUUACUGGUGCAUGGUUAAUAUUAAGCAAUUAUUGGAUGGUGGCUUAGUAUGAUAUGAAGAAUUAUUAAAUACAAAUUGGCAUGUGUGGAUCACCCUCCUCCGAGCGCCGCUUUUUAGCUUGACGUCUGUGCGUCUCCUUUUCAGUCGAUUUUAAAGUUGACGUCAAUCGUAAAUUAACAGUAAACGUUUUCCAGUUUGGUCAAAGCAAGCUUGUUAUAAAAAAAACGAGCCAGAGCAUUUAUAAGCCUAAAAGAAGAGGAGAAAUUUUUAAAGUGAAUAAUUAUUCAUGUUUUUACUUUCUUUUAUUCACCAUCAUGCGCUGUAUUAGGUCGGUUUCAACAUGGUUUGGGUGUGCAUGAAGAGUAGGCAUUUAUUUGAAUUCAAUUCUUUGCGUUAUUUCAGGGUAGAGAUUAUUACCAAAAACUACUUCUUCAAGUGGAGAGGCGCAAGGUAUGCUGUUUUUUUUUUUCAAUCGAUGCGACCCUUGCAUCGCCUGUGAUGUCACUUUUUGUGCUGAAAGAGGACAGAUGUACAACUUAACUUUACUUUACGCGUCUUAUCUAAAAACAGCCCCUAACACCUGUUCAUAGAUAAAGAAGCGUCUUAACUAAGUGGCGUCUUACUUUAGACGAAAUAUUCCUUUUAUACUCGACAGUUUGCGUCUUUUUAAGGAUGCGUCUUACGUUAGACCCGCCUUAAUUUCCCUCGUAUAAAUGGCUCUUUUGAGUUUAAGUCCAAAGAACUGCAGCCUUCAGCCAUCAACUUCCAAUAACAUUAAAGUGGGUGUCCUUGGCACAGUACAGAAAUGUCGGACCUCAAAACUCUUUGGUGUAAUUGGGCGCAUUUGCAACAGUUACUAAUUUACUGUGAGAUUCGGGUGGAAAGAAACGACGACCGGAAAUAAGUCUGCACUCGCGGGCUACGAGGUCACGAAUCUGACCUAUAUUUCUAGAUACUUGUAAAGCCCUUUUAACCUAUAUUCUUAGACAUGUAUUACUAAAAAUCUUUUUCUGUUGCUUCUAUAAGGGUCUUGCUGAAAACCCUCUCAAUGUGACGGAUAACCAGAUCAAGUGUGAUCUACUUCGCACCAUGCCGAAUAAUGAAAGGUUUCGGUCUCCGGAAUCAGAUGGGGUAGGUUUUAAUGUCAAGGCUGUUUCCCAUACGAUCGCUUUGAUUUCUGAAAAAAUUUCAGCGUUAGAAACGAUUUCGAAAGCGGUCGUAGCGCUCCUAGUGGUCACUAUGGAGACCAGCCUUUUGGUGGAACUGUAGACUAGACGUAACGAUCACUUUGAUCGCUAAAGAGCUCAAAACUUCGGGUAUUAAUAAUAAAAAUAUUAGGCAUAUUUAGCAAAGAUAAGGUGAUGUCAAGUAACAAGAAUAUUUAUUCCUUUGUCUCCGAGGACAUUUGUUUACAUUUUUGAAGCCAGAUUGCGGGGUUUUAUAGGUAUCGUGGGUUAUUUGCGGCUUUCAGAUGAAAAAAUUAACGCGGGGAGAGAGGGUUGGCUUGUAAUUGACUGAGCCAGCGCGCGGAAAAGCAUAAGAACCGCUGGGUUUUAGCAAGUGCUGUGGUAAAAAUCGUUGCAUUAUUCCAAAACACAGUGACAAGCAAUUUUUCCCUCAUGGGGAAGGAGUAAGUGCAUAUUUUUUAGUGCACGAAAUGAUGUUCAUGAGAUAAUUAACUCUACUCACUUCGAGCCAAACUAUGUACGUGAUGUUUCAUAAUUAUUCAUGUUAAUGUUAGCGAACUAUUGCUUACCGUGCUGUCUAAUUAUAUUAAACCUGUACAGGCGUCAUGACUACUCCCCAACUUCGUGCGAUUUUAUCUUUGUUUUUAUUGCUUACCAAUUUUUUAUUAUAUGUGUUAUAUUAGGCAGAAUUUAAUUGAAAUUGGUGAUGAAAGGCAAAAAAGAAAGAAAAACAAGUUUCCAUUGUUUUGAACAGGUUAUUAUUCUUUCUUAUUAAACGGAAGAGCAGGUCAUUAUUGAAACAGGAGCAGGUGACUGCAUUCAUGACCUACUGGUUCUAAAACAAUGAUAAGGUGCAUGAAAGGGAAUAAUGCCUUCCUUCCUCGGCCGUCUUAAGGUGGAUUAUUCGCCGCAUUUGUUUGUAGCCGCGGCAUUUGUCUGCUGGAUUUUUUUUACUGCUUUUAAGCUUAAAAAAAUGGAAAAUUGUUAAGGGCAAACGCGACGGUUACAAGGACCGAGCGCGUAGGACUCCUUUCCUUAUAGCUGAAGCAUUAUUUUAUAUAUUUACCGUUCGAGGCGUAAAUGGCUGCAGAAUUUCGAGUUUAAUUUACGGCCAUCAAGUGCGUUUAUUUGCCGGUAAAUCACGAAUAAGACGUUUCUACGUUUUAAAAAUUUCAAGCUGAGUGCUCUGAAUCGCACGUGACAGUGACAUCGCAAAUUUAAGUUGCUCGACCAUUGCUUGUAAUGAAAAAGUUAACUUAAUUCUCUAUUAAAGAAUCGUUAGCAUUUCAUUAUACGUGAGUGGAAUCACAUUGACCGGGGACACCCAACGAGAAUAUAGUUCAAAACCACUUAAACAUAGCAUUGGUAAACGUAUUUUAGUAUUUAUAAGGUAGAUAUAGGCUUAUUUUUAUCCCCUAAAUAUUUUUCAUCUCUUCGGAUUUCCUAGGCUAGCUGAAAGUCAAGUGAUCCGAAAAUUAUAGGGAUCAAAACUUACCUUUUCGAAAAUUUCAGCCAGAUAAAAGGCUCCCGAAAUUUCUAGGUGAUCUUUUUAGGAUAAAAAAUCCGUUAAAAAUGGGCAAUUAUAUGGUUUUGUAGAUGUUCGAAAAUCCUAGGAGAGGCAGGCAAGCAAGAAAUUUUACAACAAAUGUUCCGAAAAUUCUAGAUCUUAAAUCGUCUUCCGAACAGAUAUUUUCCGAAAAUUGACGUUGGGUGCCCCUGAUUGACGGAGAUAUUUCAGGUGCACGCAACGUCAAUUUUCGGAAAAAACCAGCGUUUUAGUUUUAUAUUGGUUUACAGCUCCUUGCCGAACGCAGCCGAGUACUUUUAGUUAUACCAAAAAAUUACCCACAUCGCCUUUACCUUGUUUUUGUUCUCGCGGUGAGCUGACCCAAACAUUAGCAGGUUUGGCUUUAAAACUGCUGCCAUUUGGCUCGUUAGUGAGUCAGAAGUUAGGCGUUUUAGUAAGAGAUUUGGCUUGUUAGUGAGUCAGGAGUUAGGCGUGUUAGUAAGAGUUUAGUUGAAAAAUAAUUAAAAGAAGUUAAAAGAUGAGGAUGUGAAACUGACAAUGAGACUGUUGGUACUGUACAGUACCGCAAAUGAUCCCCGACCGCAAAUGAUCCCGAGACCGCAAAUGAUCCCCAAAAUGGACCGCAAAUGAUCCUCGACCGCAAGUGAUCCCUAAAGUCGACCGCAAAUGAUCCCGUGAAAACUUGAGGAAUGGAAUGGAUUUUAUGGGACUGAUUACAAAAAAGGACUGAUUAUAAAAAAGAAACCUUUUUCUCUCGCCUUUUAAAGAAAAAGGGAAGGAGGACGCUACAUCUCAGGUCAGUUUAUACAAGGCGAAAAAAAAAAUGGAAUAAAUCUGAAAAGGUGUGGUAUUAACCGUAUACUUCUUCCUUUGUCGAUUGCUUCAAUUUUCUUUCAAGAACUGGUUUCGUCUUUUGAAAAAUUUAAGACAGGCAGGACGUUACGCAGAAAAAUUAUUUUAACGCCUAGAAGCUCAACUUUUCUACUGAGGAAUACAAAGCCGGGCACCCUCCACCUAACAAGAGCUUUAUUGACUUUACUGAUCUUUUUGAAAGCAUGAAAUUAAUCAGCCAGAAUAUUUCAUUUUUAUUUUUUCUGAAGUGUUAAUUUUACGUGAUAAACCGCAAGACAUUUGUUCCUAACUUAGGUGCCCGUUACGAAACAAGACAUGAUUUAACAUAAACACAAGUCAAAAUGUCCCCGAAUUUAUCAAUGUUUUCAGGUUGCGGUUUAUUUCGAAAUGGCAUGCAACUUUCUUACAUCUCAUGAACGUGUUGUGAAUAGUUAUAUUAGCGUUUUUAUGUAUAUUCAUUUGUUGUGCUUUGCUGAAGACAGUUACCAGGAAUCUAAACCUGGUAAUGAUCAUGAGAAACGCAAAGCCAGGUAAGCAGUAGUUAUCGCGUGACAAAACAUCGUAAGAAACCGUCACAUUCACGGACUAAAACAAAAUCGCUUAUGAUUAUUUGGAUCCAGGAGGCACUUAGGAGAAAAUUAAACAACCUAAAACCCUUAUUUAGCGGCGAUGAAGAGCACUGCAUUUCAAAAGAGGUCAAAGGAAAUGCUCUUGCAUCAAAGGGCAAAUCAUGCCGACCAGAAACAACAAUAACCGCAGAAAAUGCGUGUCAUGACCUCUCGGUAUGAAACAAGCGGCAAAAAUCAUAUUUGCUCAGUCAAAACGUUUUCCUCAGAGGUAUAAUCUACCCGCCAGAGCCGGAGAAAAGUCAUUGGAACAAGCAGCAUUUUAGGAUGAGGUAAAAGUCGUGUGUUGCCUACCGACUUCGUUUUUACUCUUGAAUGAUUUUUUUCAUUUAGUUUUUAUUCAUAUAUUUAUUUGAGAAGUAAAAUUUAGCUUUUAACCUGACUUAUUGUAAUAAUAAUAAAAUCGACAUGAUGAUCCGCUAACUUGAGUCCAAGUCAUUCCCAUUUUUCUUUCGGGAUCAUUUGCGGUCGACUUUGGGGAUCAUUUGUGGUCGAGGAUCAUUUGCGGUCCAUUUUGGGGAUCAUUUGCGGUCUCGGGAUCAUUUGCGGUUGGGGAUCAUUUGCGGUACUGUACAGUACCUUCACGCUUAGCGAGCGAUUUUCUUGAACACCCCACACACUAUAUAAGAAAAGCAUUCUGAAUCCGACUAAAAUUAAAGCUUUUUGUUGAAAAUCUUUCAAAGUGCUCAAAUGAGCUUUCAAGCGACAAUUAUAAGAUCUCCAGCAGAGUGAAGGUCAGAAUUGAACUUUAUUCGUCAGCACGGAGUUGAGAGAAUUACGUGAUAAGAGAAGAUUUCUAUGCGUGAAGCGUAAUCUAAACUAUUAAAUUUUCAUGACAUAAAGUUUUAGCAUGUCUCUCUGUCGAUGUUAGCAGAGGAUGGUUUGAAUGUAUUUUCCGAUGCUGGUAUGAAUUUAUCUUAUCAAAACUGAAUUGUUUUGCUAAUUUCUGUUUAGUGUUACGUAAAUGUUUUGCCUCUAUUUUCCCAUUUUUUCCCAGUUCUUCUUUAUGAGAGAAAGUCUUGAUUUACACGUACACCGCAUAUUAUUUCCAUUUGUGUUUAAAGAUAGCGUUUUCUUUAUUUCUUUGUCUAUUUGCGUUUUUUCAGUUAAUUUUGACGAAAUGAAACGCCGGACUCAAGAUAGUGUCAACUGUCGUUGAAAAUAUUUUAGUUAAUUUUUAAAUGAUAAAAGUGAGCAAGCAACAAACAGAAUUCAAGUCAAUUUCUCAAGACGUUGUUGCCCACACAAUAAGAUAUGUUUAUUUUUCGGUGCCUUGUUUUGGGUAACAGUGGUAUCAUAAUUUGUUUAUGAUCAUUCUGGAUAGCUCUUCUGUUUUAGGAUUUUGCUUUGCAGCAAGCCAGUCGUUUUGAGACUGAUGAGUAUUGAAGUAUCAGCCUAUUAAUUGGGCUAUUUCAUUUAAAUUUCCGUUUUCAAAGAUUUCCCGAAAAUUAUAUACCGAUAAAUCUAAACAAAUUUUCAUAGCUUGUAAAUUCAAGUGAUCUAAGAUCUUUAAAAGGUACCCUGAUAGUGCUUUGAGUCGGUUGUUGACACUUUUACUUCUUUUAAUACACCCUUUACCUUACAUUCUCGAUUAUCGACGCGAGCAAAGUCGUAAACCAAUCGUAGUUGAGGAGAGAAUAGUGGAACACAUUCUCCGGAUCUUCGAUUCUCUGUUUUUGUGUGCUUAUUAUACUGAUUAUAAUUGUUUUUCUUGAAGUGUUCUAAACCAUUGGUGACCCACAUUAACAGACCGAUACACUACCCCAUUUCGAGUAAAAUAACUCACCAGAGAACUUACCUCACUGACAAUCAAUAGAAAGCAAGCAAAUCAAUUGCGUAGAUCAGUUGUAGAUCAGUUGGUUUACAAUUUCAAACUUCUUUAAGAUCUUGUACCUUUUAUGCUAACUUUUCCAGGUCAAAAAGCUGUCAAGAAUUCUCCGUGCGUUUUGCGUUCAUCGACCCGACAUAAACUACUUACAGGUAUAAAGACAUGGCUAUUUAUCUAUGUUCCCCUAUUGUGACAUUAAUUGCUGUCUGCUAAUAUUAUUCACAAAAGCAAUAUGUAUUCAAGCAAGUACAAUUAUUUCGCGUGGCAACCGAACAAAUGUUUCAUCAUUGCGCUAUUUUUGUCAAACAUUAGCAAACAACUUCCUGAAUGCCUCCCCGGAAUCUUUGGUUUGGAAAAAAUAUGACUUGAAACAUUUUAGCGCUGGAAAUAUCCUUGAGCCACGAAACUUUGUUUCUUAUCUUUUUUUAUUUCCUUCAUAUUAUUAACGUAUUCAUAUUUUCAAAACAUUAAUGUAUCCUGAAUCAGACAUGCGUGUCGUUAUGUCUGCCAUUUGUAAUUGGGGUGAUAUCCUGCGGGUCCCAAAAUGCUUGCGUCCUGAAUUUAAAACGUACACUAGGUUCGCUUGGGUAUGAGGUAAUCCGUAUCAGGGGGUCAAAAGACCCCAGAUAAAUCAUUCUCCAGAAGUUAAAUGACUUAAUUAAUAAUUAGUUUUGACAACGAACCAAUGACCUCCUUUACACUGGUCGUUAACUGUAACCCCUAAGGUGCGAGGAAACCUCUUGGCCCAUCAUGCCCGCUCGGAAUUGCCCACGUUGGUCCCGCAAGGCAAAGUUCUCUUUUUGGCCAUCUAAUAAUUUUUUUUUCGUUUUCAGGGUAUGAAUUUUAUCGUAGCCAUGUGUCUCUUGUUUAUGGAUGAAGAAGAUGCAUUCUGGUAAUCCUUCUUUAAAUUCAUUCCUCCUUUUUUUGUUCUUCAAGCAACUCACAAAAUCACCGCGAAUUUUUGUUUGGUUUACAGGUCGUUGGUUGCCGUCUCUGAAGUUUAUCUUAAGGAUUAUUUCGAUCGUUCUUUGAGCGGAGCCUUAGCUGAUCAAGUAAGACAGAAUUAUUUUCUGGUAUCACUCUCUUGCAGUUUUCAUUUACUUUUGCCUUAUACUGACAAGUCGUAAAAAGCUUAUUACUGCAGCUGUUGGCAUUUCAAGGAGAUCGCAUUUUCUUCGCGUUAAUUUUCAAGAUUUUUUUUUUUUUUUUCACUCAGUGGCAGAGGCAAUUCGGAAAAAAAUUUCCUUCAGUUUUUGCUUCAUAAGUAGGCAUGUUAAUUCUAAUGCUGUUUUUGUUUUUUAGCUCAGAUCGGAAAGAGACCCCAGAAAGUUCUAGAGUGAUUUUACUUUUACUUUUUACUUUUUUUACCCUUGAAAUAGGUAGAAGAAUACUAUGUACUUAUAUGUGAAAAUUCCAUUGUCUUCGUUUGUUUGCUUGUAGAACCUUGUAGCUAUUUUACACUAGUUGUUAUUUAUCUGUUUCACGGGUCAAGUAAAAUCACUCUAACAACUUGUACUGUUGUGAAUUUGUAUUAUAUAACUGGAAUUAUUAUACAUCAGACUCACUAUGAAAAAUCUGAUUGGUCGAGAGCAUUCAAUCAAUUCACAAUAGCUUGUGAACUUGACAUGAUAAAUGCAAUAUCUGCUGCAGAUAUUGCAUUUAUCAUGUCAAAUUCAACGUCUGCCUGGUUACCAAGCCUCUUGGAGUGUUCUCCUCAGAAACAGAAUGGCUGAACGCUUCGCUUCUUUUUCUUUUUAAAAAAUGUAUAAUAAAACAAUUAUUGAAUUCGGUUUUGCAUGAUAUCAUGAAUUAUCAAAACCUCGUGUCUGUAUUAUCUGCCUCAGCCUUCGGCUUCGGCAGAUAACAUAGACCGCGGUUUUGAUAAUUCAUGAUAUCAUGCUCAACCUCAUCCAAUAAUUGUUUAUUAUUUCAUCAACAGCACGCACACUUAUUGGUUGCUUUGAGGUAACAUGACAUCAAACACUGAGUAAAACUGCUUCCUGCCAAGUCUCUAAGCGGGCGGUAUCGCAAAAUCUAUAACGUCAGAGAGUAGCGUGAAAUGAAAUUAUACAAGUAGAAGUUUUUCUCUGUGGCCCAAAUAUCAAAUCCCUUAAACACUAGUCCCUGAAGAAUCCAGAAUAUUUUGAGAAUCACGUUAAAGGAAGUUAACUGCUUCCGUUUAGGACAAUUCAUUAAGUGUUUAAUGUUUUUAAAUUUUUAACUGUGGAAUCAUAAAGUAAGAUAACUUACUGUUUCGUUCCAGUCUGUGUUGAAUGAUCUUGUUCGCGAAUUGUUACCAGUUUUGCACGAACACCUCAAGUACUAUGCAGUGGACAUCACCACGGUUACGUUCAACUGGUUCGUUACAAUCUUUAUUGAUGCUGUGCCCUUUGAGGUUAGAGGUGAAAUGAAACGUUCAAUUAACAGUGUUCAUUAAAUUAUAUUAGAGUUAAAUUGCCCGGGGAUCCAAGGGAUUAAUUUUAUUCUUAUUUCCGUAUAAAAUGACGGAUGCUCUGACUGGUCAGAAACCAGCAGUCUUCCAUCGUACACCCUGCGAACAGUGGUUUCUCCCGGCCGGGCGCCACGCUACGAAGGGAGAGAAACCGCUACGAGCGACCGUUUGCUUCUUUGAUAGAGCUGCCGUUCAGCGCUAUGGACGGCCGUGAAUUUGAGCUUUUCCCUCUUCCAGUCUUUAUAGCGAUUAUUCUUACCCAAUUACGUUGUCAAAUGUAGGCAAACCUUAACAAGAGAAAUAAUAUUUCGUCGUUGCUUGUUUACGUUCUCCAUAAAACGCGAAACUAGUCAUUUUCCUAGUCGUUGGAUCUUAAAGUCCGUAAUAUUCCUGCGAAACAAGAAGUGAUGUCAUUUGACGUUUUGAAGUAGGCGUACGUGACGCGCAUGCUCAAUUGAAAAGCAAACCACUGCGCGCAGGGUAUUCAUUGCACCCACUAACUAACAAAAAACGAAAGCGGAUCGAAAAGAGAAAUUUCUCUUUUUCUCCGCAUCUCUUGGUAGUUGUGUAAGAAUUGCAGUAAAACCUGUAAAAGUAUUACAAAGGCUUUGUCGCGAAAUCAGGUCAAAUUCAGUUUUUGUGAUGGAAACGGGCAACCUAAUUAAUCAAGUCACAAAUAACAGCUAAACUAGUAGUAAUCGGAGCUUAGGAAAGUGCGUUCGAUAUGUUUGCUAGGCGUACAGAUAGCAGUGGAGGGGAAAGGGUGGAUGGUUCUUGCAUGAUUAUGGCAUGUUUUGAACGUAAGGGUUGCGUACAGCGAAACCUGGAUUUAAACUGUGUAUCAUAAUGAAAAGGUUUUGAAGGCUAGUGAAAAGCGUGAUAUCGUAUGGUUCGUCUCGAGUGCUGGUUAUUUGAGGAGACACUGGCCAGAGUGCUUCGGGCGUGUAAAAAGAACUUUUUGUUUUACUGGCGCAAUAGAUGUUCUACAGGGCGCAGUUGUUCGAAGGCCGAUCAGCGCUUAACCCGGGUUUCUUUUUCUUUUGUUAAAAAACACUUCUUUGGAUAAUUUUCUCAGUUAUUUUUAAGAGCGUCCAAUCAUCAACUUGUUGGAUGGAAGAAAGGUUUAAAGAGGCGGUGGCUAAUAACAAGGAAGAAGAUUUAAACGGUUUUGCAAUUGGGGUUUUUAAAACUGCUUAGCCUAACUGUUUUUCAAAGUUCAUCUCUGGUGCUGGUAUUUUUAAGUAUAACGUUCAGGAUACUUAUUUGUUUGGCACGAACCUGUCACUUUGUCAUUUACAAUACUAAUCAAAAUGAUUAGAUUGUCCUUACCGACCACCUCUUGCAUUGAAACGGACUCCAUAUAUGAGCAGACACACUUUUGUUCAGUGGAUACCUCUGUUACUCGGACAUUAUUGUAGCCUGGAUCCGUUUAUAUAGCGUAGGUAUGCGCGGAGUAAAGGGGUGCUUAUCUUUUACACAAACCAUCUGGUUGAAAAUCUUUUGCUUAAGUAUUUAACUAUUAAAUUUGAAGUUCUGGAAGAAGGAUCUGCUAUAAAGUAUAUCGAGAUUAGCUGGAGAGAUUAAAAGGAGUCGAAGAAUGUUUUCUGAAGCUUACCAAACAAAAUGGCACGAACCGUUUGAUUUUCCACCCAGAAUUUCCAGUUUUUCCAUGUAAGUGGUUAGUAAUGCAGUUUUUAAUGCAGAUAAAACUAGAGUUGAUCUAUCUUAUAACUUUCUAAUAACAUAAAUGUAUCUUUAGACUGCUCUGCGGAUUUGGGAUUGUUUUGUCUUUGAGGGAAGGGAGGUAAGUGAGGUUAUUUUAUUUUAUUUCAUUCAACCGUUUUUUUUAUUUUAGUUUAAUAUAUUUCUUGUACAGGAGAUUUAAUGAAACCUCUAUGUUUUUCGCGUCGGAGGUUGCUUUUCAAAAACCUGCUUUGUUCCAUGUUUGGCACACACUUCUUCUUUCUCACCCCUCCCGUGUUCUUUUUAACCAGGCACUUUUUCGCGUCGCAGUGGGUUUACUAAAAGUUCAACAACCCGCAUUGCUGCAGUUAUCGUGCCCACUGGAUAUUAUGCAGUACAUGAAGAGGGCGACAAGAGUCACUUAUGACAAAGAUCAGCUCAUUAAGGUCAGUUUGUUAAUUAAAUGAUUUUCAGUGUUCUCCCUAGGUAUUUAAGGCUAGGGUAAACCUUCCCCCCCCCUUCCCGUUCCAUGUUAACGGGGACUUUGUGCGUUCAAAGCAAUAGCUAACAAGAGGCACUUCCCUCGUCCAGAAUUAGUCCAAUCUUUGUUGUUGAUGUUAUCGUUAUUAAUAUUAUUAUUAUCGUCAUGAUCAUCAUUAUUGGAACCCCUUUAGUUGAGAUAAUAAUCCCUUGUUGAACGACGCAUUUUUUCUGACGAAAUACCUUUCGAAAAAUGAUGAAAAUAGCGUUUUAUGGCCUCUAGAUUUUAAAAUUUUUCUGGUUGGAGGGUGGGGGUGCGUAUGCCCCAACGGCUUUGAUCUUGCGUCUUAAAAGGCAAAAUACUUGCUAUGGGACUGACGUUGGGUUCACGGUAAGUGAAAUAGCUUUAACUCGCGAGUUUUCUGGUUUUCAUAACCGAACGUAUUUCUGUUUGAUUUCCUUCUCAGUCUUCGUACGACGAGUUGAAAGCCUUUCCCACAACAGCGAUGUUGGAUGAAAAGCAAGCAAACCAUAUGAUGAAUUUCAAAUCAAGACGAGACGAAAAGACAUACACGCUGGACGAACUUAUGGUAUGUUAAACUUGUUUUUGACAAUUUAGGGAAAAUGUCUUGAGGUUGUUCGAUCUGGCGCCCUGUGAGCUGAGAAUGUGAGCAGAACUUACCGACUACAGUUUUACCGCGAAUGCAUUUGUUGGUCUGCAAAAACUGCCGUGGAUCUAUUUCAGUAGUGACGAGAGGCAGCUGUAUUCGCAAGCUAUUCACAUUUCAGUGAAACUAGUGCUACUCUUCAAGAUUAGUUAUGGUUUUUCCAGCAUAACGGUUUCGUCAACCUAAAAUGUUAGCCUUUUUACCUUUCUUCACAAUCAAUAUUUGACAAACAAGCACUCAAGAGCUGCUUCUUAGGCUAGAAGGACCCAUGUUGAGAUAAGAUUAGCUUUGUUUCAGAGUUAUAGUGUUGCGGCUUUGUUUGUGUGAGAUUGAUUAUGUGAGAUGAAAAAGUCAGGGUAACUUCUAAAAGUGGAAUGAACUGGAACUGCCCCUAAAUUUAUCAAUAGGAAGGAAAUUGUGUCGACAAAAAACCGCCUUUAGAUACGUACCAUGGAGUGUAUUGAUCUGAAACGACUCAGUGAAACGUCUUGGGUGCUACUAAUUUUAGUAUGCCAAGAAAUUGUUUGCUUGGGUGGUCUUGUAGUAUUUAUUGUCAAAAUUAAUUACUUUCAAUUUAUCGACGAGGCCAUUUUAAACAAUGGCGAUUUUCAAGUUUUAGAAAUUAAAAAUCUGAGUUUUCGCAACUGUACUGUCAAGAUCAACGAGUCAUUGUUCAGGUAAUAUAUCAAACAUGAGACGCAGUGUUUCAUCACCAGAUGAAACACCGAGAAGAGAGUUGAAAAUACGACGCGCAGCGGAGUAUUUUUGACGAACUUCGAGGUGUUUCAUCUGGUGAUGAAACACUGUGUCGAAUGUUUGAUAUUUCUUCUCAAACAAAAUCAUUUUUGGAGGAGAAAUUAAGGAUGCAAAUACUGAGCAGUUUUUCCGAUUUCCAAAUACUCAUUAAACAUUAAUUUUCUUUGUAUUUUCUUUAUGAAUUAUUAAUGAGUUUGAGAAGAUUAAUUCUAAAUUUUCGGAAGCCUUUUUAUUACGGAGAAAUGAAAAGCGUAUAAUUUUUUCUCAUUCAUAUACUAAUAAACUGAAUCGCUUUUAAGUUGAGUGACAAUUAAUGAGGAAAAACGGGAACCAUACGAUAACCAGCGUCUAAAAUAAGUCAUAUCAAUUUGUACCCAAACAGCUUUAUAUUAUGAAAUAGCCUGACACUUUAGUUAUAUAACAGACCAAUAACAGCUAGAGGUUUCUAAUUACUCCCAGAACGUAAUAAACUGUCUCUGAAAACCCUCUUAAAUAUCAAUUAUUCUUUACAUUUGAAUUCAUUGUGAACAAAGAGCAAAUUUUAGAAAACAGAAUAUUUCACAAAUAAGAUGAAUUGAUUCAAAGUGGUCUAACUUCUGUAUCUGCAAUCUCUAGGCUACCAAACAAGAUAAUUUGACCGUGCCCUCAAACCCCUCUCUUCUAAACCCACUAAGUCAAAAGACGAAUUUGCACAUAGACCGCUUUGAAAAUGGUUGGGUAUUCCAUUUUUUCUCCAUAAUCUGACAAAACAGCUGCUCCUUUUUCAGCUGCUUUUUUCCAGGCGACCAAGUAAUUGUCUAACCAAUUCACAUCCUUUGGCGAAUUUUGGUGCCGCCUCUAAAGGAUUAUGUUAAGAAUGAGCGCAUGAUUAAUUUAAAGGAAUCUUCAGCUGUAAAUUUUGCUUUUCAGUGUGGCCAAAAGUAGAAAGACAGAGCUAUCCUUUCGUCUAGCAAUUAAUUUUGACCUUGUUUCCUUACGUAGCGUUCCCGCGUGAGUUCGUUUACUGUGGAGAUUCCCAAUCAGGAAAAACUUGACAAACCGGAUCAACACGAAAUACUGGAAUGCGCGCUAGCAACCAGUCAAGGUAGGGGCAUGUCUGCUGUCUCUUGAGAUAAUCGAUAUAGUUUUUUCAGGUAAAUAGACCUUUGUUACGCGGCGGUCAUUUUGUCUCAGUAGAUUUAAAAAGCUUCGUUUAUGCACGAGGCUAGCCUUGCAUGAACAAAGCUUUUAAUGACUGCCGCGUGACAAAGGUCUAUUGUAAUUUAAAACAAACGUAAGAGAGGAUUCUGGGCAAAAAUAAAACACAGAAGUUAAACUACUUCUAAGCUGACCUUUGAGCUUUUGCGUUUGUCAGUCAACGGCAGAGUAAAAGUGACUCUUAUAGCGAAGUUGAAGCUCAGGUAUUAAAAUCAGUGACAAUUUACGAUUAACUUUGACUGUGAACACCACUUCUGCAGUAAAGGUUUUCGAAACGGUGUCAACAACAGUCCUAUUCAGCAUUACAAUCAGCCGCACGAAUAUGCCAAAGACUAUUUAAUUGGGCUGUUUUACUUACCGUGAGUAGGAAAACGUCCUUGUUCUGAUGCGACUUUUCUUUUCGUUUUCUUGAUGAAGACUAUCUAUAAAGCAGUAGAAAACAGCGUAUGAGUUUACCUUUAAAGGUUGCUUCGAGUUUAUAGAUUUAAUCUUUCAUAAACGCUUCUUGUUUGUAGCCAAGGAGUUGUCUUAACUGUGCCGGGAAUGCCAGCAGCCUGGCGUUGUUUUCUAGUUCUCUGCGUUAUUCAAGACCAAACAAUAGCGACAACAAACACUUAACAAGCUUGUGUAAAUGAUCGUGGUGUGGCUUUCAAUUCACCUUCUUUGAACACAAUGCCCAUUCUAGAAGUUCUCCAGAAUGAGACAUCUGUCCCACUGUUUGAGAAGGUUGGGGACGUUUGCUGAAUAUGUAUUGUUAUCUCAAAAUUCAGGGAAAACAGAGAAAUGUUUAUGUUUAGUAAUUCGGCGAGCGUCCCAGCCUCGGGUUUUCGCAUGGAUUUUUAGCUUUAUAUUCGGAUUCAUCAGUGUUUUUGUUAUAAUCAAGCUCUACCUGAGGUAAAGGUGCUUUCAUCGCUUUGAACAACGAAUCGGACUAUCUAAAACCAAGAGGGAGGACUCUGUAAACCGCCUUUAAAAUCCGCUUGAAAGAUAUAUGCGCCAAAUUACAGUAACCUCGCAACUCUUUAAAACUGGUGCAAAUCUCAGUGGACCCCUAUAUGUCGCAGCUCUUUUGUUUUUAGGCUGGUUUCCGCUGUUAACUUUAUUCGUUUGUUGUUUUCCCAACCAAUUCCGUAAAGGCCUUGUUACAGCUGCGAGGUGCCUCCCAAAUUAGCGAGAUAUUGGGAGGAUGAUUCUGAAUAAUUUUUUGUCAUUAAGCAAUGAAAGUGUACCAUCUUUUUGGUUUCCAAGUGGCCUGAAGCUGAUAUUCAGGAAAUAUGACUUUACCUUUUAAAGAACUCCUGGUUUUAGGUUCUUGUUGAUAGUUUUAGACCCUGUCCACACGCAUCCGGAUAUUUUACAGCAAAAAGACGUUUUCCAAAAUCUCCACUCUGGAGAUCGUUUUGAAAAGAUGCGUUUUCAUUGACCGUUUUGGUCUGUUUUCACCGGAUACCUGCGGACGGUAGGCCUAGCCGGAGAAAAAGAUCUCCGUUUUCAAACAAAAAGGGACACUUUUGAACGAGUUACGAAAAUAGCGAAAAUUAUAGCCCUCGUAGGAAACAUCUGUCGAAAACAAAUUAACCUUCUUGUGUUUUCUUCGAUGGUGGUUAUCAAGGCAAUAAAGGCAAAUACUAAAAUGAUUAACCGCGGUCAUCUGUCAUGAUAUGGACCGGCUUCAAUACAUUUUUUUCGUAGUUAAUAUUGGGUUAGUUGCUUUAUGUAAGGUAACAGACCCCUCAUAGCAAUAUAUUUUUUUUCCGGCUAUUCUUGGAGCUUAUUCGCUAUGGUCACAGGAAUAUAUUGCCUAACAAAUUUUGCUCUUUUUUUCGGUGAAAUUUAAGGUGGCUCGAUUGGAUCUUUUUAGGGCCAAUACCUACCAAUUUUGAGCAUUAACUAUCUAGCCAUUAACAAAGAUAUGGAAAAAUGAUUACCACAGCUUUAUCACACACAAAUGAAAUAGAUAUUUCUAUCGAUAUAACCGCCACAAUGGCCGACAAUUUCUCCCGAUGACUUGACGGUAUCCUUUCCCGCUCUAUACACCAGCACCCCUGCGUGUUUUCCCACCCUAGGCACUCUUUACAUAAUUUUCCCGCGCAUCGCACUCGUUAGAUGUGUUCCCGCGCUUGAUAUUGUUUACAUGACGUCCCGCGCUUCCAGCUGUGGCGUUGUUGCGGCAUUUUUCAUUAUUGAAUCUAUUUUCGUUCUCUGCCGUCCUUUUAAACACUUUUAUCUUACAUUAGUACUAGUGGUAGUCCUUUACUGGCUGUAGAAAUUUGCUUGACAUCUUAAGUGGUAAAUAAAAAUACUAUCUGAACUAAUUUCCUCUGCCUGUUUCUUUUAGAUCUGUCAAGCCCUGUGUGUUUGUUCUGUGGUAGUAGAUACACCACUAAAGUUUAUCAACUUGACAUCAACAAGAAGGAAAUGAGGACACUUGACGUGGAUGUAAGGGCCCAUUUAGUCUCCCUCGCAGCCUUUUUUGGAUGUCACGCAACGCUCCGUGCGUGACAUCCAAAAAACGGCUGCGAGGGAGACUAGGGCCCAUUAGAUUCCCUUUUAAAAAAUACUGGCAAGGGCCCCCGACAGCGCAUAAGCUAAGAAACUUGCAGCAGUUUUAGGCUUGUUCCGCAGAGAAAUGGGCUCUUUCUAGAUGUGUCCCCAACUCCAGGAUCUAUAAGAUCUAUACUUCCCACAGGACAUUUAUUCCCUUAGCGGUAUACUUGGAGACACACAAUUUCGAGCUCGGGCAUGCUUACUUCUACAUUUGUAGAAAAUGUAGAAAACUGUUUAACUGAAAAAGGCUUAUAACUUCUAUACAAGCUGGAAAAAAAGCGUAAUAUUUCGCUCUGAAAAUAAGGAACCCUCCCUUUAAGGCGCCCCCAAGACGGGAACGUAUGUUGGCCUGAUUAGCACCUUCAACAGAAAAAAGAGAAUUUGACACGAGAGUGCGCAAACACUAGUUCAACUAUUGAAAGGUAAUCUUGGAGGUUUGCUCUUAAAAUUUCGUUGCUGGCUUAUGUCAGCAUUUGUUAAUGAGGUAGUAACGCCUUGAGAAACUGCGGCCGAUUGGUGAGAGGUACUCAUACUGACAUGUAAUCUGGAUGCUCGACUCACCCGAACCUCCGCCAUCUUCUACAUUUUUAAACGCUUACUUAAUCAGGCUUUUAUCAUGUGUUCCUUCGCUUCUCUACUGACUUAACAGGCAAAAUUGUUUCCUUCCCACGGACGUGAAGUUCCACAAAUCGUUUGACCAUGGUUUUGUUUUAUCGACAGCUGAAGUCACGUGUUUUGUGUGCCGACAUCCUAGACGAUGGCACCAUUUUGGUAGGAACUGUAUCGUGGUACAUACACGCGUUCCUUCUUGAACUCAGGUGACCUUACGUUGCUAUUUCUCAUUUUUUGGACUAAGGAAAGGCAGGAAGCUGGACUUAUACCUUUGUACCCUUCCAAGAUGGCGACUCCAACACACAACAGAGAAAGCUCUGUUUUGUUAAUUCGUUUGUUCGCUUUUCUGACAGAAUACAGAUUUGUACCCCUCUGAGGGAAGUUUAAUUGCUUACCGAGCCAUGGUACAGGUAUUCGGCUCACAUAAUAUGUAAAAACAAAAUGUCGUGAAGACCAAAGGUUGUGCGAUUAUCUAACCAUCUUAAAUUUCUCCAAGUAAAAGAACCUUUAGGAAAUGGCAAAAAUCAGCUGGAUGAUUACUUGUAACAGGGUGGUACGAUGCCGCAUACUUGGUAACAAUUGUUACAACCGUUGGUAAAGGGCUUUCCUCGAACCUCAUAUGGUUUCUUCUAGAAACAAUCACCUUUUCGACACGAAUUUUAAACCAACAGUUUCAAACAAGUAGUGAAGGACUUAAUGGAAGAAAGAUCGAUUCGACCGGUGAAUAAGUCUAGGUAAUCUUUUCUUGUCUGAGAUAGGGCCUUUCUCUAUGUUGAUUUCCUCUUUUGUUUAAAAACAGUGCGGAAGUGUGGUGCGUGCAGCUUAAUGAGUCUGUGGUGGACAUCGCUCAUAUGCCGGAAGGAAAAGUGUUUGCUGCUUUAGCGGAUGGGUCUGUUGCUGUUCUCCAGGUAAUCGCAAUCGAGUUAUCGAUUUUAUAAUUGCUUUCUGUAUUUUGGGCAGUUCGUUUGGUGUCAAAGACACCAUCCUUCAUUUAUUUCUUCUAUAAUACCGCCUGCUUUGCAAUGUAGGGUGUUGGCCCGGCCAGCUCGUUCCCUUUAUGUCCCUUUAUGCGGUAUCCGCAUUAAGAAGAUUUGCCUGUAUCAUAAUUUAGAAUUAAUAGCCUUUUUUAUCGAUACGGGAGUAAUAUUGAGUUAAUUAGAUUUAAGGAAUAUUCAGGAUGCCCAGGGGGCAUCAGUACGAUCCGAUAUACUCGCAUCAGUAUUUACGCGCGCUUUUCUUUAAGUUUCCUAGAAAAAGAUUGUAAUGGGAAAAAAGAUCGUUGUGCCGUGUUUGGAUGUAAUAAUGAUCGCCUUUUUGCCGAGAAAUAUACAUUGAAGUUCUCUUUUUGCCCGAAAAACGCGCGUGAAUAUCUGAGAGAGUACCCCCAGGGCAUCCCAUAAUACUCCUUAAAUCUACUAAAUUCAAUAUGGCCGCCGUAUCGGUAAAAAGGUCUAUUGGUCAGUGAGUUCAGUCUUUCACGCCGGUCUUCCUUAACAUGGCUGCGUGUGAGGCUACUGAAAAACGUUCCUGUUCUCAGACUCGCUGGACCUCACUUUAGAUUUAUUAAUCAGCGUUCAUAAUCAAUCGCUAAGGGGUUUACAUUUCCUUUCCCUCAACAAGACGUUGAGAUGACGGAUAAAAGUACUUAUAAAACACUUAAAUUUGAAAUUACAACUCCUCAUCUAGGCCCCUCUAAUAUCAUUUUCUUCCCAGAAUGCCAGCAGACAAGAGGCACCGUCGGAAGGCUCUCAUGUCCGUGUCGGUGGUGCUCCGGUCACGUGUAUAACCCUUGUGAAUGAGAACGUGUGGUGUGGCUGCGCCAAUAAUGUGGUUAUUCUCGAUGGAAAGUAAGUCCUUACAAGGCUACAUCAGUAAGUAGACGAUACUAGAGACCUUUAGAUUCUAAGACGAGGACGCAAUUUUCACAAUACUGAGUAUUGCGCGCAUGUGAACCAGCGUCAUUUUGGCGGGAAAACGUUGUCUCCGUCGUCAUUCCACUACGGGUUGUAGCGAGAAUGUCGUGACGGAAACAAGUUAUCAAACGUUAAAAGUACUAUCAUUUUGCGGUCAGGAGAUGGCUUAACCUCCAUAUUACUUUUGAGAAACAUAGAAAAUUGAUGUAUUAAAGUAUGAGACAACCGUUGGCGGGAACCAAACCAAUGACCUGUGUCAGUGAACUUGUUGCACGCUUUAGGCAAGGGAGCUGCAAUAGAGCCUUUUCACUCACGUGACCAGCAUCUAUGCAAAUAUAUUGGAACAAACAAAAAAGCAAAGUGCGGUGAUUAACAUAAGGAAAUAUGAAAAGUUCAACUUUUACAGGAGUCAGAGGCACCCAGCGAUUUUUUCUGUAAAAUAACUGUUCGAAGGAGAAAAUACUGCCUAGAAAUUUCUUGACCUUGAGAAAAGCUAAACAUUUCGGGAUAACCGUUCCAUUCGUCUAAAAUAUUCGGAGGUUUCCUAAUAGCUUAAUUAUGAUUUUCGGAGGUUGUGUUAUUCACAUUUUAACACCCAGAUAAUGGGAUUAUUGUUUGAAAAGGUCUCCUAACAUUUUUGGUAUAAAGACAAAACGUCCCCUAUAAUUUUCUAAUGAAAGCAAGGCUACUUCAUGUCCUCAAACUUUCGACCGGACAGAUAAGCGAGGGUAUCUAACACUUUCGGGUGAGACGAAAAAGCCACCUAAGACUUUCGUGAUAACCAAAGUUCCCCUAGGACAUCCGAACAGAUAAAUAGUUUUUAGGGCAACUCCAAAUUAACCAAACAGUCUUCUAAAGCACGGAGAAAACUAUUUGAGACACUUCUGGCGUAUUUGGAAACAUUCCGUCGCUGGGUGCCCCUGAGGAGUGGCCUCGAUGCCGUCGUUUCAUUGUUUUGGGACACCAAUAUGGCCGACGUGACGUCAUGUGAAAACUCUCUACAGGUUUUUCGGAUAUGUUUUCGUGCUUGUCAAUACCUGUUCGAUGGGUGCCAGAAUGCGGCCUCCUUUUCUAAAAAGGCGAUGAUGAAAGCCGGGCUUUGUGAUGUUCACAGCUGUAGCGAUGCUUUGUUAAACAUAUUUUUUUCGAUCCAAUUGCCAAAUCGGUUUCUGUGCAUUAAUUGACUCAGAAUUUUUAGUUGGGUGAGAUGCUGUCCAAAGUGGCUGUGUGGUCUUUGAAAGUACACAACAUGCUAUUAAUCAUGAUGCUUUUUUGACGCAAAACAUAUUUUCCAUAACCUUCUUCCAUUCUCAGUUACAAAAAAAUGAUUUCAAUUUGUAAACGGCAGGGAUUACCGUGGGACACAAAAGAAGAUUUGAAAGGGAUAAAUACUGACCAGUGUUUUCAACCUGUUAAUUAAGUCAAUUUUAGUCUUCACUGGCAGGUUUUAGCGGGAUGUUUUCACCCAGUUUAUUUUGUUUUUCUGUUUUUGUCGUUGAACAUGUAAUAAUUCUUUUGUUCCUUAGUUACUAUCCACAACAAACAAAAACGUUACAAAAACAAGCGAUAACAGCUGACAAUAAUGUAAAUACAGUGUUAGAAUUUUGUUACACAACAUCAAGGCAAACGGCACGUUAUCAGACGCUGUUUCCUUCCUUUUGGUAAUUGCAAAGUAUAUUGAUGUAUUAGCUACUAGAGACAAGUAGUGCGAGCGUGUGAAUCGGCGUCAUUAGGGACUUUACGAUAGGACGACGCGAAGGCAGCGAAAACGUCGCUUCAAAACUGAAUUUGCGUUCUUUCGGUCUUUAUCGCGAUUAUUUCAACUCACUUAGUUCGUCAAAUGUAGGCGAACCCUCCCGGAGUUGAAUUUCUAAGAACCAUAUUCAAGUUUAGAAAGACUGGGAUAAAAUUUCGUCGUGGUCUGUUCACGUCCUCCAGAAAAAGUAAAAUUAGGCAAUUUUUCGUCGUAGUCGUGAAAAAACGACAAAGAAAUGUACAAAAAAGUGAGAUGCACGUGCAAAGUUGUUGUUUUGCCUACUAAAUCUAUUGUUGUUUUGGACGUUCUCGUUGCCGUCACGUCGUCGGAUCGUAAAGUCCCCAUUUUGGCGGGAAAACGCGAUAGCCGUCGUCACUCUACCAUAUUGUAGCAAGAAUGUCGUAGUGAUCCCCAGUCUUAAGGUCUCUACUGACAGAUAUGGGCUGUACGUGACAUGCUAGGGUUACGUCGUUCGAGUUCUAUUAAGACCAUUUUAUUCAGGCAGAGCCCCUGAAGAGAAUAGAUAAAAAUUUAAGAGAAGAUUGUUGUUGGGGUAUCAAAAUUUCACGCUCUUUAUUCCUGUGUCGUGCUACUAAAUGGCACUAGAUGUACCGAUGUCAAAAAAUGCGUAAUAAGGUUUUCACGUAGCAGGACAAGAUAAGUAUUUUCCGCAAGGUUACAGGGAAAAGGACGAUGACAGUUCAUCAAAUUUGAUUUGUGACGGUUGAUGCUUGAAAGUUACAAAAAAUGAUCGUGCUUAGUUUUCACUUUGAUAAAUUCACUUGAUAUAUCUCUUAUAGAAUCCCCAGUAUCAGGAAAGGUGACUAAGAAAGCUUAGUGUUAACUUCAACCUAUUUUUAACCCCCAACAAAGAGGAAUUCGCCACGACAUAGCCCCUCUUGAAAUAUUUUCUCUUUUCAGAUUCGUGAUGAAUAGAUCAAGCUUAUAUGUACAAUGUCUCUUUCUCUUAAUACACAUAUUAGAACCUACUUACCUGCUCGGAAACGAUGUUCUCUUUCUAUCUGAAUGUACCAUCUAACCAUAAAUUGUCAGUAUAAAACCCUUGUGUGCUUUAAAGUAUUUACAUACCUCCCUUUAAUUAUGAAUUAUUACCAAUUUAUGCAAAAUAAGUGAUCUUAGUAACAGAUUAAAAUGUUUGUUUCCCAAAUACAAAAACACACUAAUCAAGCGGGUUUUUUUAUGGGAAGAAAGGAAAUCCGAUGUUUUCAUAGGUUCACACCAAAAAAUACUUUGUAGAUAUACAAAAAAGACUUAAAGGGUGUCUCCUUCUGUUCUUCUAAUGUGUAUUGUAUUAAGCUCAGUUGCUGUCGUAAUGUAGUCUGUUUUUACCGUGAAUUUUUAAAUACUGUCUGUCUUCGAAAAAUUUAGCCAAUUACGAAAAUCUGUUGUGUUUUCAUACUGUGAAUACGGAACUUUCGUCAUGCUUCUUUUUUUAAAAUUUAAGUCAAUUAUUGCGAAUAAAACUGACUUAAUUGAAUUACACAUAUUUAGAAAACAAAGUUUUGGGGUGCAUUAGUAUUUGCUCGCCUACUCGGUGAAUUAAUGGAUCUUGUUUUUUUAAUGGAUUACUGUCAGAUUUUGUUUACAAAUAAUGUGGCAGCCUGAAGCUUUUGAAUCUCCUCCGAGUGAAAGCAAAACCUGCCCACACUUUACCACAGUUACAUGUUAUGGAAUUGAUAAUGUAACCUUUUCAGUACCUCGAGCGAUAAAAACGGUAUUGAAGAAAAACAUGACAAAUUUCUUUUUGUAAAAACUAGAAGACACCUUGCGAGAGAACUGCUCCAAAAGGUUAACAUGGAUGAGUCAAACCAUAAAAUUUUUCUUAAAGACGCAAAAGUAAGAACUAUAUUUGACAGAAAUGAGAACAAAAAGGAGACUGUCAUUUGUUUUAUUAAGGCGGCGGUUUUGUCUGCUUCCUGUGUUUGUAUUUGAAGGAUACGUUUAUUAUGAUUUUUCCAUAUGAAUGAUACGUCGUAUAGUUUUAGGUUAUAAACGCCAAAGUAGUUGAGGCACCCUACACAGCGUCUUAAAAAGCACCACAUGAAAAAACCCUAGGAUAGCCAUCCUUUUUUGUCGUGAUUUUCUCGAGUAGACAUAAUAAUUCUUGCACAAGAUGAAUUGACCAGCUCGUAUUUAUCAUUCAAAGGUGGCAGUACAUAUUUUUGGUAUUGCCGAUUAUGUGUACACUGAAAUGAUUUUAAAAACGCUACACAACGCUGCCACACAGCUAAUUAAUAAUACUUUCUAAAGCUCUGCUGAAGACACAGCCAAGAAAGUUUAGUGUUCAAAGUUUGAAGGCAAUUGCAGGUGAAAAAAAUCUGGUAUCUGAUUGUGCGAGAAAAAGUGGGUACUCUGGAGUACACUUGUCAAACGCAGCCGAAUGCGAGCGUUUCAUAACUACCAUUAGUCCCGCGAACAAGCUUGAAUACUUCCACAACUUACGAUAAUGUGAUGGUAGGUUUUCUAUUUUGUGAUAUAAGUGCUCUAUAGAAUUAGCUCUUUCUCCCGAAAAAUUACUAGUUUAGACACUUCUUACGGUCUCAGUAACUAAUAUCGAUGACUAUAAGGAAAUUUCAUGCGGUUUAAUUAAAAACCUCCUUCACGAAAACUCCACUCAAAUUUAAUUUGAAUUUGACGUUAAAUAACCCGGAAGAUACCUGAUAAUUGAACGGUUUUAUUACGAAGGAUAAUUUAAUCACUUUUUUAAAAAAUUUAUUUUCAGUCAUUUAUUUUAUCUCAAUGGGCGGUUCCUGGGCGGUAUGCCAGAAGUUGUGGCUUGUAUGAACUCAGUUGGCGGAUGUGACCUUAGCUAGCUGUUAUUUUUCUCUUUGUUCAUUUAGCAAGAACGCUCAAUUAGUUCCUGAAAGGUCAUCCUCCUAGGACAAACGUCUUUCAGAUGAUCUUUUAUUAUUGUUAUCAUUAUCCGAUGAAAUUUCAUUUCUUUUGAAAUGGGAAAAUGGCAACACCCGCAAGGGUGUGUAACAAAUGUAAACAUGUUUUCAUUUUUUCGCCAAAAAAGUAGGGAUUCUGACUACACUAUAACGAAACAUUCAAUGUGAAAUAGUUUAUUGAGGAAUGGUCAGUCAGUCAUCCGACAACAACAAUGUGUCGUAACAUAUACUAUUACAACAUAGAAUAUGCUAGCAAGUCUAACUUGAAAAGCUUGAAAAAAUUAAGUGUACCACGCCAGAUACGAAAAACCACUAAAAAACCACUCUUUAGAUGUGGCCAAAAAAUAUGUGGAAACGUAUUCCCCAUCUAAUGCAAUGGCACGGAACCUCGGGGAAGAGGUACAAACAAACGCAUAACUCCAUAGAAAAAAUUUAACUAAAUUGACAACAGCAAACAGAAAGACUGACUGAGCUAGAAUAAUUAAUAUUCCCCGCUAAAACAUUAAAUACUCAAAACUCUCCCCUGAGAAUACUAAAACCUCUCAAUCGUGCCAUCAGAAUAGUAAUUUCUGACUAAUUCGUUCCUAGUCACUCAACCGUCAGAAAUUACAUUUUCUUUCAUCGAUAAAGCUUCUCGCCUGAACAAAGUUAUCUUUUAACGAAUAAUACUGACAAGUCCAAGUUUUUAAUCAUUAACAUAUAGUUAAGUAACAAACUCUAAGUGUGAAGAAAAUACCUUCCUUAGAUUGGCAUUCUUUUCCCACUUUUUCCAAAUGUUUCUCAGUCGUUUGCCCGCGGUCGAGAAGGUCAUGGGUUCAAUUCCUGUCGGGGCGCAUGCUCGUAGCAACUUGAUAAUGGCAUCUUUCUUUGAAAUUUUCAUUAAUAAUAGUUAUUAUGUUAAAAAUGAUAAUAAUAACAAUGAUGAUAAUAAUAAUAACAACAACAACAAUAAGUACUGGUCAUCCCAAUAUUUUGCAUCGUUGGUCAUUAGUUUUUCUGUUAAAUCUAUCAUUUUCUUUUGUGCUUUAGUUUAUGUUUCUUCGUUAGUUUAUAAUUUCAUGUUUUCUUUUCCUCAGUUUUCUUGUCGAGCUUGGUUCGCUGGUUGUGUCCGACUCUCGUCGACACCAGGUCUCUAAGCUGACUCACGGUAAACAUGGCGUCUGGUGCACUGUACGAGGGUAAGAAGCCUCGCGUUAUGGAUUAACUUAUUCAUAUUGUUUGAAUACUCUUGAUAAUGCAGACGUUCUGGGGACGAAAAAAAACGACUACAGUCAGGCUUAAAGGUUGUCAAGCCUCACAAUCAACCUCUUUUUACCGGUUUAUUGGUAACUCUAGUCUGACUGAAAUGUCACUCGCCUCCUCCCUCUUCAGAUUAUGGUAACUCGGAAUUCAUUUACCUCUAAACCUGAUCCAAUUUAAGCCGUUUUUCUCACCUUUUCGCACUAUUUUCCUUGAUUUACGUUUUUAUUGUCUUAAACUCUAUAACGAGCACUCUGUUAAAAAGUACCCCAUAUUCAUAUUUUAUAUUCAUAUUUUGGAGACAUGGUCUUUUAGGGGAAGUGGUCGCUUUAACGUUGCGCCGGACUUUGCCUACAUUUUUUUUCCUCAGGUCAUCCUGCGUUCUGCUUCUGGAUCAAGUGACUUUUGACAUUCUCCUUAAAGUUGACAACGUUGCAAGGCUCGAUACUAGUUCUGAUACAGGGGUAAGUAAACAAGACAUGAAUGGAAGGGUUAGUUUUUUAAAAAGCUGUGGCCUUACGUCAAUAGGGGGAGAUUUGGCUUUAUAAACUGAGUUCAUAAAUAGAGGAUACUACCUAGCCACAUGGAGAUACGAAAUUUCUCUUCGAGUGUUGGAAAAAUUUUUCGUGAGUGAGUGCAAGCUCCAGAGAGCAACCAGAGAGCACAAAUAUUUUUUUGCUGCAAAGGUGCGAUUUUUUUAUGUUGCCAUAGCAACGGUGUUGGAGGCGUGUGUGGCCGAGCGGUUAACACCUCGAACUCAGGAUCUGGAGGUCUGGGGUUCAAGCCUCGCCCGUCGCGUUUUUUCCUUAGACAAGGAACUUAAUUCCACUUUGUCUCUCUUCACCCAGGUGUAUAAAUGGGUACCGGAGACGUACUGCUGGGGGGUAGCCCUGCGAUGGACCAGCAUCCCGUCCAGGGGGGAGUAGCAAUACUCCUACGCUUGCUUCAUGCUGCGGAAACCGGAAAUAAGCUCCGGCCGUGUGGGCCUUUGGCUUGUGUGCGCCUUUACCCUUUACCUAUAGCAACGGUGAUCUCUUGACCCGUGGAGAUAACAUGUUAUAUUUUGUGUGCCAGGUCAUCGCAUUCAAGGAAUCCCGUGUUACCACAGUCAUGGCAGUUGGUGAGGAAUUGUGGGUAGGGCUCGGUAACGGGCAUGUCGUGAUAUUUGACGUCAUCAAAAACAACACUUAUGAAGACGAAGCGUAUGUGGUACUCAACGAAAACGAAGGUGCUUGAAUUAUUUCCUUUAUUGAAUUAUCUAAAUUUAGGAGGGUUUCAUAUCGUGGUGGGACACCGUGAAUCGAGUGUUUUAUGUAACUCCUUAAACAAAUAAUGUUUAACAUAAGUUUGUUGUUCUUUUUUUACCUGAUACCAGGCUUUUUAUUAUUUAGAUACAUACAAUAUAAGGAAACAGAUACACUUACUCCACGACUCUGAUCCCUAACAAGAAAACUGUCUAUUAAGCUAAGCUAACAGAUACCAUGCACUGAUUGCCGUAUCAAUACAAGUCAAUUAUUAGUCUCGAAUACAAGAUACAUCGCUUACAAGGGUGGAUACGUUAAAUUAGUUUAAUUUGAGUUGCUUAUUCAGCUUUCAUUUUUAUUGGAUAAGAUAAAAAGCGAGAUGAGAGUUCUACACAACUGGAAACAAUUUCUGCAGUAUUAUCAAUUUCGACGUCAUGCACCGACGAAAUUUCGUCACAACCUGAAGGUACUACUGCGUCGGAAAACGAAGACAAAACAUCAGAAGAAACCAGUGCGACUGGUACUGAGCAAGACCAUAAUGUAAAAACAGAGUCAAGUGAAAAUUAUGAACUUUCCUCAACGAGUUUGAGCAGUCAAGAAGUGUCCACUGAGAACUCAACCAAUGCUAUGAGCAAAAAACAUCCUGAGAAACAAAUUGGGAAAGAAAAUCUGUAUCAUAGUGAUUACAGGUUUUCACUGCGACUGAGAGUGCAUUACAGAAUCAAUGAAGAAGCUAUUCGGUGUCUGCUGUUAGUCAGGUGGGUGUUAGAACAGCGAUAAGUGUUGUUUGUCAAAGCGACGCGGCACUUACCGUAUUUAUUAGAAAGAGCACCGCAGCGCGUAUCAAGUUCUUUGGAUUUGUCGGUCCGGUGCUUCGGUAAAUUUUCCUAACACAAUAAUAUGUAAUGAAUGUUUUCCAUUUUUUUGUUCAAAUAAGAAAACAGUAGUUAAGGAAAAACGUAGUUAAGUUAGUUUCAAAGGUCUAUGUCCCUUUUUAGAUCCAAAUAAAUUACAUUAACAGCAAUAUCAAUAUAUCUGCUGCAUGAGCAUUUUAAUAUCCUCUUUGUCAAACAUUUUGUAAGCAUCGUAGCGUUGCUAUGAGGGAGCUAGAAGAAUGUUGCGCUAGGUGUAGCGCUUGUUAGGGGCGGCACUUAUUAGCUUGUGUAGUCGUACCCCCACACCUCCCUCCCCAGCGAAGAGAACGUCCCUUCCGUUUUCCCCACUGGGGGAAGUACAGCUGCAUGUACGCUUAAGUGGCACUUAUUCGAGGAUCGCGUUCUUUCAGGUAAAUACAGUACUUAGUCUGAAAACCUUUCAAGAUGGCGCUUAUUCGAAUUUGAAGUUCAUAAUUGCAACUAUUAAAACUCAGCCUUAUAUGCCAUUCACCGGCCCAAUGUCAAAAGGUUAGACAACUGAUCGCUCGUGGCAGAAGCAGGUUAUAAGCUUCUGCUCGUGGUUAACUAAAUUUGCCCCCGGUUGCUUUAGGAGAAAGUUGUUACCUUUUUACUGUUAAUGUUCAUGGCAAAGGUAACUCGUGGUUGUCGUCACACAGACGUCCUCUUUCAAAAUUAUUUUCAAAUUGCCAUGACUCAAGGCGAUGCCUUUAAAUUUCUUAAGUCGCGUCAGGGAUUCCUUUCAAUUGGACUUCAUUAGGACCAUUUAUACGAGGAAAAAAAAGACGCGUCUUACAUAAGACGCGUCUUACAUAAGACGCGAACUGUACCAUUUAUACGAGCAUGUCUUAUCUAAGACGAGAACAGCAACGCGGCGCGCCAAAAAUUAAUGCAUGCGUACUAUGCGUUUGCGUCUUAUGUAAGACGCGAAGGUCAUUUAUACGAAGUUUUUCUCGUCUUAGUUAAGACGCGUCUUAUCUAAGAACAGGUCUUAUGGGCUGUUCUUAAAUAAGACGCGUCUUAGCUAAGCCGCGUCUUAUUUUAGACGAAAUGUGCCAUUUAUACGGAAGGUUCGCGUCUUAUUUAAGACGCGGCCUAUGUAAGACGCGUCUUAUUUUUCCUCGUAUAAAUGGCCCUUUUGUCUCUUGUUCGCCUAACGCUGUCAUAAACUCAAUUACUUCAGUAAUAGGAGUUAAUCAUUAUCACUUGGUAGCCCACGUUCGUUAUAUUAAAAUUCUAACAUGACUCCAACGCUUUAGGGCCAAAAUCUACAAAAAAAAUUUUUAAUCACUCCAUUGUCUCGCGAUUUCCAGAAGAGGCUUGAGCACAAAGAAAACCAAACCAAAUACAGAAAAAUGAUCAGAAAGCCUCGGAGUCAUAUUAGCUGACUUUUGUUCUAAUCAUACAGAGAGGAAGAUCCGCUGGUUCUCAGUUGCGGAGGCUCGUUUAGCGAAGAAGGGGCACUUUCUCUGUGGCAACGGCAGAGAGAAGAGGUUAGUGGCAAUUGCGUUUUCGACUGUCAGGUGUUGUUCUCCGUCUAUAUUGUUUCAAAUAAAUUUGAAAACGAAAUGCUUUCUCGAUCUAAGACGUUAAUAGCAACAUGGCAGUUGCUAUUAACGCUAAAGCUAAAGCACCCGCCGGGUUUGCACCUCAUUUAGAAGAGCGCCGGUCAGUUGAGCGAGAGGUCGAGAGUAAAAACGGGCCGCUCACGGAACCACCAGAAGAUCAUGCCAGCGGUCAUGAAAACCUUGUGUUUGUCCAGAUAAUCGGGUCAUCAGUGGGCAAUAAUGUUAAACUGUUGGCCUUGUUUCCUUCAUCUUUAUACAUUAAUUUGAAGGGGACGUAAAACAAACCAUAUGGCACUCCGCCUGCCAUGACAUGCGAGUCGUCAUGGACGUAAAUCCCCGUGUCAUGGUCUAUUUGACGUGAUUUGCUCUGGUGAAAAGGUGGGUUAACAAUAUACACGAGUGUCUUGUGUUGUCAUGACUUCAUGAAGAUGAUUAAUGAAGUAAAGUAGUUGCUCAUUCAUCUUGAACCUCUUUUUUUUUUCAGGAGACAGAUGAAUGGCUACCUUUUUCAAUCAAACAUCGGUUCACUGAGACCCCUGGACCAAUUCCGAGACGGGAAAACACGCCUGUGUACGUUUGACAUCGUCAUGGUAACAGUUCCUUUAUCAUUUUGAACAUAGCUGCACGUUGACAAGCUCCUCCAAUGGUAGGCCUUAAUCAUGAAUUCGCUUCCCCGAUGCCGCCACUGAAUGAAACCGGAUAGAACCCUUAUAUAGAUCCCGAAAACCAACAGCCACGCCUAAUUCUUGUAAAUUAAAUCUCAGCGGUAUGUAGAUUUUAAAAAAUUGAAAAACUGAAACGGAAUGGUAAAUUUUUGUUUCAUAUUUCUUUGCAAGUUGUACGCAGUCAAUUCAUAUUUGUCGCCGUAUGUAAAGUAAUCCGAGACAGUCUUGGAUUCUGAAUUCCACGCUUUGGAUUCCUCCGACUCUUUGUCAGCGGAACUUGGAUUCUGGUUUCCAUUCUUAAGCGGGAUUUCGGAUUCCUAGGGUUGAAUUCCGGGGCGCUUUGCAUUCAGCCCAAAAUUCCGGAAAUUUCCGUUGGUAUAUCAAAGGGAACGGACCAUUUCGGUUUGGUCCGACAGGAAUAUUCCAGACUAGCUUUGAAGGAGAUCGUCUUUGACCGGUCUGGUCAUUUCGGCUGGUCGGACUGAAAUGUUCCUUUCCAUUUGACAAAAUUGUUUUCCCCAGUACCACCCUGUUGUAUCCUGCUUACAAGAACAAUAACCAAACGCGCGGUGGCUUGGGUCAGGUCUGUGCAACCGGAAUGUACCGCUCCAUUAGGCACGUAAAAUUGCCGAAAUUUCAAACCGGAAUUUUUGUUGAAUGGAAAGCCCCCAACCCUGGAUUCCACAGGCAAAAAUUUCCCGGAUUCUGGAAUCUCGAUCACCUAACAUGGGGCAAAUAUUUGGGCCCACCUACCCCUCCCGUAAGCCAACAUUUUGCCCCAAGUUAAAAGUAAGUGUUAAUGUUGGCUUGGGAGAGGGGUAGGUAGGCAAUUUGCCAGAAACGUUUAUGAUGUAAUAUUUGUUUAGUCCGCCUGCCUAGGUAGGCGAAUUGAGGAAACCAGACCUUGUUCUUCAAAUCAUUAUGUAAAUCACUGCAUAUUAAGAAAAGUCACUUGGUGCUCGCGGUAUUGUAACUGAGAUGUCUUGACGGUUUUCACGUGACCCUUAAUAUAAAUAUCCCCCGAUUUAGUCUAAUGUGAGUGACUGUUUUAAACUUGGUGAAACUCGAAGAGUUUUUUGAACGGCUGAAAAAAAUAACGUCUCUGCAUUUAUCCAACGGUCGUUGGAUCAACCUAACUGUAGGCGAGAAAAUCGACGAAAAAAUUCAUCCGUGUUUUUAAUAGGUAAAAAAACACUCAUUGAUAGUGAGAAACAAGAACUCAUAAGAAAUGAGUUAAAUUUAACUAUAAACAUAAAAUAUUGCAGCAUCAAAGCAGCUUUAGUAGCACUGAAUUAUAGAUAAAUGAUGGAGGAGUCGCUCGCUCGAUCGACUUCGAUCUGAUACAGGAGUCCUGGUUUCAAUUUUCGUUGGGCUAGAAAAUUCGGUGCCAACCUUUACGAUCCACCUUCGGAUGUGCGUGAAAUCCUGCGAUUCGUAUCAGAUGUGGUUUUUACUCUGUGUUUCAUUUGGUGGACUGCUUACGGUUCAUUAGUACCUAGCUGUUCAGAGUUUAUAGACAAGCAGAGGAACCGAACUUAGUAAUCGUUUUAUUGCGGGUGGGUUCCAUAAAACAGUGCUUAACGUGAGAGUUAAGAAAGUUUUAUAUAAUGAUAUUAAAUAGUUAGUAAAUUAAAAGCGACUUUGAGAACUCGCUUUCUUUGGAACUGGUAUUC